AAUCAAUGGUUUCUUUCCAAAUUACUUUACAAACGGUAGUAAUAGCGAUGAGUUAACAUCAGCUGCUGAGACAUUUUCAUAGUUUCUCGAGUUCAGGGGGCGCUGCAAUUGAUUUUUUUCUUCCAUGAGUGGGAACUCUGAAAUUCAGACUUCCCAGUGCAACCCCAACGCAGCUCAACUGUACGUGUUAGAACUCGCUACAAAAAGAAACAUCCGGUGCAAGAUAAAGUAACGUUUACUUCACGAUGUCAGGCUUAGUUCCAGAAGGUUCCGCUGCUGGGUCAAGCAACAAGCGUUUGCAGCAGACCCAAGCCCAGGUUGAUGAGGUGGUGGAUAUUAUGCGCGUGAAUGUGGACAAAGUGCUGGAACGUGACCAGAAAUUAUCCGAAUUGGAUGACAGAGCAGACGCACUCCAAGCUGGAGCAUCCCAGUUUGAGACCAGUGCUGCCAAACUGAAGAGGAAGUACUGGUGGAAAAACUGCAAGAUGUGGGCCAUCCUGAUAGCAGUCGUACUGAUUAUCAUUGUCAUCAUUAUUAUUUGGUCAAGAGCAUAAAACGGCAUCAGUAAGAGGAAGAAAGGAGCAAAGAGGAGAUUAGCAACUUGCAUCGUUGAGAGGCAUAGAGACAGAGGUCACAAUCAUAUUUAGUGGCUUCUCAGUUCCGCAUUAUCUUCUUUGGAAGGGGGAGGGCGUCUUCAUUCCUUGUCCCGCGUGUGUACUGAGAUGUUCCUCAGUAAAGGUAAUGGGCUAACUACAAGCCAUUCUUAUGCAGUGCCACAUACCAAAGACACAUAAACAAAUAAUUCAAUAAUUGAACUGAAACUAAAACCCCAUGUCACUUGUUGGAAACAAAACUAUGCUGCCUUGUUGUAAAUUAUUACAAAACAUACCCCAUUGUCCUUCUCUACGACACAAAAUAAGAUGCCUUGUUGUGAACUCCUCUUGCAUUUUGUUUUUGUGUUUGCUAAAAAGCCUACAAAGUGUGUGCCAAGCUAAGAGACGUGCCAUCAGAAAGACUUAAAACAUUUUCCUCGAAACUGUAUUGUGCCUACCACUGAAGCAAAUUCAGCAUUUUUCACCUGAGAAAGAGCACUCCGAUACUGUUUUUUGCUUCUGCCUGACUUCAAAAGACAUAGAUCUGUUUGAUUGUAUGAUCAUGUGACCCAAUGCCUUAACUUAUUUAUACACAUGGCUGAGGGCUUUUGUACUCGGUUGUUCGGUAGCUAGAAAAAUGUACUUUAUUAAUUCCUUUACGGAAAUAUCAUUUAUAGUGAAUUCAAUUGUGACUAGAUGAAAUAAUUAAACUGGUCAAUUUUUAUCAAAGAUAUCUGAGGAGGAACACGUAUGUCUCAGUUCAUGAUGUUCUGUCCAUUUACAUCAUUGUCUCAGGAAUGACUUGGUGUACAGUUAGAGCUCAUUUGUGCUCUAAUUUGGAUAAAUGUCUACAGCAGGGAUGGGGAAUCUACUACCACAAUAGCACUCAAUACAACUAUUAAAAUGUUUAGAACCGGUUCCAGAGCACAAGGUAACUGUGAUGUCAGCUGAUGGCAUCUAAUCCACAAAUGAUGAUACACCACAAUAAACACAUUACUUUGCAAGAGUUCCAUAUGUCCCCCGAAGGGCUUUAUAGAAAAUGAUUAUAAGAAGGUUGUGUACCCUCUCCGUUAGUGUCAGGCCAAUGGAUAGACACAUUGUCAUAAGUCAGUCUAAAUGUCUGCGCCUCUUCCACCCAAUGAUGUAUACCGGUAAUUAUCUUCCUGAUGGAGUCAGCUGUGCCUCCUGAAUGCACCCAAACAUACUGUGCAGCUAACUUGCUUAAAUAACUUACAUGAGUGUGGAAAUUACACUGAUGUAUCCCAUCCGAAUCAAGUGCACGCAUGUGUAAUGUCAUUUUUUUGAGCUAUGGUUUUUGAAACUAAUGUAUGUGGAACUAAUCUUCAGUGGGGUUUUUGUGUGUAUGUGCGCUGCUGCAAAACAUUGUAGCUUGUUGAAAUUUGUAGAAAAACUUAGUUCGGGGAAUGACGGUGUGAGAAUUACAUGUACUGUGCCAACACUGGAUGAUUGCAUACCCUGCUGUUGCUUCUAUCUUAUUAAAAUGUGUAAGUAAA